ACCUCAUCUAUGAUUUUUAAAGAUUUAUUUAUGCGUAGGGCUCGUUCAAAAGCUUAAGUUAUGGACGGGCUGAGGUUCUUGAGGGUCCAUUUGCCUGUAACAGUGUUAUUGUCAUGUAUGCUUUCAUUCUUCUCCUGCAGAGAAAUGGAUUUUGUGACGUGCGGGUCGGUGGUGAAGCUGCUCAACGUGAAACACAACGUCAGAUUACACUCUCAUGAUGUCCGCUAUGGGUCUGGUAGUGGUCAGCAGUCAGUGACAGGUGUGACUGCAGUGGAAGACAGUAACAGUUAUUGGAGCGUGCGGGGCAGUAGUGAAGCUGGAUGCAAUCGAGGGACUCCUGUAAAGUGUGGACAGAACUUUCGCCUUACCCAUGUCAACACGGGCCGCAAUUUACACAGCCACUACUUUACAUCCCCUCUGUCUUCAAAUCAGGAGGUCAGUGCGUUUGGGGGUAAUGGUGAGGGUGACCAUCUCGACGAGUGGACCAUUCUGUGCGCAGGCUCAAUUUGGCAGCGUGACGAGUCCGUUCGGUUCCGUCACACUGCCACUGACGCUCUGUUGUCUGUAACAGGCGAACAGUAUGGCAGACCCAUCCACGGCCAGAGAGAAGUGCAUGGCAUGAUGAUCAGCAGCCCACACAGCUACUGGAGAACAAUGGAGGGCGUUUUCAUGAAACCGAUUGAGAGUGGAUCCAGGGAUUUCAGCAGCCCACUACACACAGAGUUUUAAAGGAAGACAUCAUGCAAGAGAGCUGAACAUGCUAAACUUUUGAUAGAGUUCAAGUGUUCUACCUUUUCUUUCUUACCUAAUGAUCCUGCCUUGGGCCGUAAGAGGAACACUGAGCUGUUCCAAAAAACAUGACAUAAUUAAUACUUGAAGUAAAUGAUUUCAUAGUGCACAGUCAACAUGAAGUGUGGACAGAAAAUCAAGCUUUUCAUUCAAGGCUUAAAAUAAAAUUUUCGGGUUUUGCAUGGCAGAAUGAAAGCACUGUUAGCUUUUCAAACUUUUUUCAAUAUGAAUUCCAUAAUCUUAUAAAUCUCAUAAUUAUAAUGCUGAGCAAAAGAUUGACACCAACAGUGUUCUAACCAAAUUUGUGGUUUGAACAUAUUUUGCUCUCUUAUUAGAAAAUUGACUGCUUAUUCUACUAUUAUUAUACAAUAUAAAUGAAUCUUAUAGAAUAUUACAUUUGAUUUUACAGUCAGACCAUAGGUCAACAACUAUUUAAAAUCUGUGAGGUUAAUAGUCAAGUAAUGUCAAUCAAGUCAUUUAUCUGUCGAGAUUAAUUCUGCAUCCUGAACAAGCUAAUUAAAGGAAUGUUCCGGGUUCAGUACAAGUUAAGCUCAUUCGACAGCAUUUGUGGCAUAAUGUAUUUCAACUCGUCCCUCCUUUUCUUUAAAAAAAAAAAAGCAAAAGUCGAGGCUACAGUUGGGCACUUACAAUAGAAGUGAUUUUUGGAGGGUUUAAAGGCAGAAAUGUGACGCUUAUAAUAUUAUAAAAGCACUUGCAUUAAUUCUUCUGUUAAAACAUAAAAAAAAAAAAAAAAAGUCAUUUUUACAGUUUAAGGUUUUAGGGUUUGUUGACAUAACAUCGUCAUGGCAAGAAAGUUGUAAAAUUGGCUAUAACUUUACACAGAAAAGGUUAUCAAGCGAUUUUAUCACACUAAAAUAGUUUGUACACAGAUAUCCUUUAUGUCUUGUAGUUAUACUUUUUAUAAAGUAAGUAUUUUAAUGUUCAAAAAUUGCCCCCCAUUCACUUCCAUUGUAAGUGCCUCACUGUAACCCAGAUUAAAAAAAAUAUUAUUUUUUUGAAAGAAAAAUAAUAUUUUUGUAUUAAUCAAUAUUAUGAUUAAUAAAUAAUAUUUUUGUAUUAAUCAAUAUUAUGCCACAAAUGCUGUCGAUUGAGCUUAACUUGUAUUGAAGCCAGAAUAUUUUUAUAAUUUUUUGAAGUGUAACUUUAGGGGUAUGAUUGAGCAACCCUGCUCUAUGCUAACUUUAUCUUUAGAGUGAAAACACUACAGCAGUGGUGGUAAAGUGUGAUUCAAAUGUAAAUAUUGCAACAGUAUUAACAUCAUUUACUUUGAAAAAUGUUACUGUUACCUCAGAUAACUUCCUGCAAUUAUGUGGUGCUGCACUACGUAAAGAUGUAGGCUGUUUUUUUUAAAGGAAGCCAUCUCACUCAUGAUAAAAGCUUUGAAACAGGCAUUAGUAUUGUACACACUUCAGUGUUAGACUUGCAAUAUUCAGGAAAAGCAUGUUUCAUGCAAGGAAUAAAGUAUAUUUCUCAUAGUAAGGUGAUAUCCUACAUACCAGAAGUAACUAUAUUUUUUAAGUGCCACUGAAAGUCAUUCACCUCUGUUCUGAAUUUGUAGUUGAAAUCAAAACACAUUUUAAGACAUGCCUUUUUAACAUAGACCCAGACCUCUACGAUAAUUACACAUAGAUGCAGUAAAAUUUAGGUUACACCUUAAAUGGCAUUGAUUCAUGUUGGGUUACCAUUUC